CUGAAAUCAUGUAGGGGGAAGCCUUCCAGGUCCAGACCAGACUUGUUGAUCUCCAUUAAAGGGCAGAGACAAGAAAUGGGGACUGACGAUAUUUUUUGCACUACCCAUUCAAGAGCUAUGGAAUGAAGGGAACAACUUUAAGAGCCGGUUUAAACAUGAAGGGUUAUUUAUUGUGCAAAUAAUCAUUGACGGGUUUUUUUUUGUAUCUUCAACUCAAGAUUCUUCAGUCCUCAUUCAUUUCGUCUUCCGGAGCUCAUGCUUUAAAGGAGCUGCAGAAAUGGAUGUAAACAAGCGCAAAUGUAGGCACUAACUUCUCCCCGGGAUCCUUUGUUUUGAACUGUGAGAACUUAAUUGUAGCCGGCCUUAUUUUUUUGAAAAAAUAAUAAUGGAGAAAACGAAUGCAGGGAUGAAUAAAACGGGAUCUCGAUCAACUGCCUCUUUGCCUCCGGAGCCGGUGGAUAUCAUAAGGAGCAAGGCUUGCUCUCGGAGGGUGAGACUGAACGUUGGUGGGCAGCCUCAUGAAGUUCUAUGGAGAACGUUAGACCGAUUACCUCGCACAAGACUCGGGAAACUUAGAGACUGCAACACCCACGAUUCAAUAAUGGAAAUAUGCGACGACUACAAUUUGGAGGAUAAUGAAUACUUUUUUGACAGACACCCCGGGGCAUUCACUUCGAUUUUGAAUUUUUACCGCACCGGCAAGUUGCACAUGAUGGAGGAAAUGUGCGCUUUGUCCUUCAGUCAAGAACUGGACUACUGGGGUGUCGACGAGAUUUACCUGGAGUCCUGCUGCCAGGCAAGAUACCACCAGAAAAAGGAGCAAAUGAACGAGGAGCUGAAACGAGAGGCCGAAACUCUAAGGGAAAGAGAGGGCGAGGAAUUUGAUAACACAUGUUGUGCGGACAAAAGAAAGAAACUUUGGGAUCUUCUGGAAAAACCAAGUUCCUCAGUGGCAGCCAAGAUUCUGGCCAUCAUAUCAAUCCUCUUCAUUGUAUUAUCAACGAUUGCCUUGUCACUCAACACACUCCCUGAGCUCCAAGACAUGGAUGAGUUUGGCCAGGUGACAGACAACCCUCAGCUGGCCCACGUGGAGGCCGUCUGCAUUGCUUGGUUCACAAUGGAGUACCUUCUUCGCUUCCUAUCCUCUCCAAACAAGUGGAAGUUCUUCAAAGGGCCCCUGAAUGUCAUAGACCUCCUUGCCAUUCUUCCCUACUAUGUAACCAUUUUUCUGACAGAGUCCAACAAGAGCGUUCUGCAGUUCCAGAACGUCCGAAGGGUGGUGCAGAUCUUCCGCAUCAUGAGGAUCCUGAGGAUUCUCAAGCUGGCUCGACACUCCACCGGGCUACAAUCCUUGGGCUUCACCUUGAGGCGCAGUUACAAUGAGCUGGGGCUCCUCAUUUUGUUCCUGGCCAUGGGGAUCAUGAUAUUCUCUAGCUUGGUCUUCUUUGCCGAGAAAGAUGAGGAUGACACCAAGUUCAAGAGUAUCCCGGCCUCUUUCUGGUGGGCUACAAUUACCAUGACAACCGUAGGCUAUGGGGAUAUUUAUCCCAAGACUUUGUUGGGAAAAAUUGUAGGGGGGCUGUGCUGCAUUGCUGGAGUACUGGUGAUUGCCCUGCCUAUACCCAUCAUUGUAAAUAAUUUCUCUGAGUUCUAUAAGGAGCAAAAGAGGCAAGAAAAGGCCAUUAAGCGAAGAGAAGCCCUAGAAAGGGCAAAGAGGAAUGGCAGCAUUGUGUCCAUGAAUAUGAAGGAUGCAUUUGCUCGCAGCAUAGAACUAAUGGAUGUGGUGGUGGAGAAAAAUGGAGAGGGCAUGGGAAAGAAAGAAAAGGUACAAGACAACCAUCUUUCCCCCAACAGGUGGAAAUGGGCCAAACGAACGGCUUCAGAGACCAGCUCAAACAAAUCCUUUGAUGUUAAAGAGCAAGGAUCUCCAAACAAGGCAAGACCUUGCUCUAGCCCUCAGCACCUUAACGUACAAAAGCUGGAGGAAAUGUACAAUAUGAUGGCUAAGACUCAAUCCCAGCCCAACCUCAAUACCAAAGAAGGAGGUCCGUCCUCAAAAGUGGGCAGACAAAGGGACGAAAUUGAGAUGGGGAGCAUACCAGGUCCGGCAGAUCCCUUACUGGCCACGCCUGAGGGCAUAAUAGACAUGAGGAGCAUGUCCAGCAUUGACAGCUUCAUCAGCUGUGCCACUGACUUUCCCGAAAGUGGGCGAUUUCCUCAUAGCCCCAUUGUUAGCCUGCCUGGCAAAGUCAGCGCCAACCCUUGUCUGGAGACAACCCAUGAGCAUGAGGCCAUGCUGUCCCCACAGGGUAUUACCAAACUUCCUGCCAGGGGUAGCUCCAUCCUUGAGAUUAAUUCCAACCCUGAUUCUCAGCGACGCUCCUUUUUCAUCGACAGUCCCAGGAGCUCACUUACAUUCACAAACCCCUUGAAAUCAAGGUCUUUGAAAGUCAACUUCCGAGAAGGCGAAGCUUAUAAAAUGACACCAGCCCCGUUUUCCUCUGUCGGUGACUCCCUAAAAAAUGUAAGCAAUGCUCCUCUUUCAGACAGCUCCUUAUUCUCAGACCGGUCACUUCUUAGCCCUGAAGUGUCGAUCUAUACCACAGCCAGCAGCAAGACUCCUCCAAAAUCUCCAGAGAGCAUUAUGCCAACUGUGUUUACCUUCCAUGACGCAUCUAUUAACAAAUACAUUGACGCUGACACAGAUGAGGAGGAACAUCUGCAAGAUGGCUCAGAUUCUAGCCCGUCCAAGCGACUGUUGGGGAAGGCCAGCCCGAAAUACAAUGUGAAUAGUGGGUACCAGAGAGGCAUCAACCACUUAGAAGUCUCUGCCAUGGGAGCACCACAGAGACUGAUAGGUCAGAACUGCAUUUAUCCCAUCGAGAGCAGGGCUGUUCCGGGCAGCAGUCAAGAUGGCAGCAAGGUAGAGAACCAUAUGGCACAGGAAAUCCGCGUGUCAGCCGGAGAGAGGAGCCGCUCCAACACGUACGAUGAAACCAUCUGACUGCUUCGAGGCCGGUGACAAGAAGAGUGGACUUUCCCAAAUUGAAAGGAAUGUUUGAAUCUUGAAGGAGCUUUACUGCAUGGCAUAACAAACCUUUGACCAAGCCACAGGCAUGGAAGAGGGCUCUUAAGUGAGCCAAGAAUAUUUGCUGUUUGGUUCCCAGACAACGGUGUUGCUGAAGACUCCUUUUGGAUUGCUGUGAGCUUACCAAGACACUAAUUCUCCCCUCUAUCUGCAUUUCCAUCUACCAUUCCCAUUCUGUAGACCCUUGAACGAGGUACUCCAUAGUACCGAUGGGCAGUUCUGUGCAAUCCUGCAGUGUUAAACCAGGCCUACAAUGAGGGGAAAUCUUUGUUAGUGGGGCAGUGGUUCUGAGUACUUGGGGAACAGGAAAGAUGAAGGGGGGAGAAAGAGAACCUCAGCAUUAUUCUUUGAUUUGCUGCUUGUCCCAAGGAUGAUCUUCCAGGCUUUCAUUCUCCUGCUGUUUUGUUGAUAAAGAUAAAUUACUGCAAAAACAGAUUACAUCUAAAAAAGUAACAUGCAUUUUACUUCCUUGGAGUUUAAUAUAUUCCCUUCCCCGAAUCUGGACUUAGACAAAUGCAUGUGUCACAUUUGUGCAUAUAUAUACACAUAUGUUUAUGUAUGCAUAUGUUUAUAUAUAUAUAUAUUUUCCCUUCAGUUUGUAUUUGAUUCGUGACUGCUUAGUAUCUACAGUUAUCAAAUACGUACAAGACCCGAUUCAGGAGAAAAGAAAUUGCCUAAGAGAGGGAAAUUUAAGGGGAAAGCAAAUUCACUAUAACCUGCUGUUCAAAAACUUUUAUGUCCACUACUGCAUACCAGAGCACCUCAAGUAUUUACGUUUUUAAUUAAAGUAUUCAAAUGUAAUUUCUCUGGAUUCCUCCCCCAUCUAUUUAUUUGUUCAAUUAAUAAAGCAGUAGAUAGAUGUUAAAUAUGCAUUAAAAACAGAAAGGAAUCAUUAGUUUUCAAUACUAUACAGUAUGUCUCAGUUAUGUGUUGUCUCUUUCAUUUCCUUUCAUUUCAUUGCUUUAAACUGGUUUAUGUUCAAAUCUUCACUCAUAUUCCACAAAUGUGAAAAACACUACAGUAUGGAAAGUCAUGUGAAACUAACGCAUUCAUCUGAGAAAAAAAAAUACUGUAAAAAUUCAAUUUCUAUAAAGCACUUAAAACUG